AUCUUUAGCCGAAGAAUAGUCUUUUCAUUUUCACAAAACGAGACUGUUCAGAUACGGAGUACUUCAUACUCUCCUACACAUUUCGAAGGAAAAGGUGUGCUCGCCAUCAUUUUUGAUUAAAAGGAAAGCUCUCUCCGCUCUGGGUUCAAUAUCACAAGGUAAUCCAGACGAAAGAGGAUUCUAAGAAAAUGGAACAGAACGGAAGCAGAGAAAGUGCAGAAGAAGGCCCAGCGAUUGGGAUCGAUCUGGGAACCACAUACUCUUGUGUCGGAGUUUGGGAGCCACAGCAUGAGCGUGUCGAAAUCAUCACCAACGAUUUAGGCACCCGUACGACGCCGUCAUGGGUUGCCUUCACCGAUGUCGAGCGCCUCAUCGGCGAAUCUGCCCAGAAUCAGGCCGCUACGAACCCUUCCAAUACCAUAUUCGAAUGGAGAAGCUUGCGGUUAGCCCAACAACUACUACUAUUAUUCAGUCCGACCAGAAUCCAUAAUUCUAUAGCUUAUGUACUAAGACUGAUUUUUGGGAACCAAAGCGGGGCACUUGCCCUCCAUGCUCGCUAAGAUUAUGGCUAAAAACUCCGUGCUUGAAAAAACUUCAAACACAGCUUGCAGUAAGCUUGUCCUAUAAAUAUAGGAGGUAAAGUGAGCCAACCAAGCAUUUGUACACUUUGGAAGCCGUCAAGCCGAGAUGUGAAGAGGCUGAUAGGAAGAAAAUUUGAUGAUCCAACUGUUCAAAAUGACAUAAGGCUUUGGCCUUUUAAAGUCAUUGCUGGAGCUGAUGGUGGCAGUGGAAAGAAACCUAUUAUAGUUGUGACUCAUAAGGGUGAAGAGAAACAGUUUACUGCUGAGGAGAUAUCUUCUAUGAUUCUCCAAAAGAUGAAGAAUAUUUCAGAGGCUUAUCUAGGCAGACAAGUCAAGAAUGCUGUUAUUACAGUUCCGGCCUACUUCACUGAUGCCCAGCGUCAAUCAACAAAAGAUGCUGGUCUCAUUGCUGGCCUUCAUGUCUUGCGUAUUAUCAACGAGCCCACUGCUGCUGCAAUUGCAUAUGGUCUUGACAAGAAAGGAACUGGAAGUGGUGAUAUGUCUUUAAAGAACAUCUUGAUUUUUGAUCUAGGUGGUGGGACUUUUGACGUUUCCAUUGUCACAAUCCAGAAAGAUGUGUUUGAAGUCAAAGCAGUUAGUGGGGACACCCACCUUGGUGGAGGGGAUUUCAAUAACAGAAUGGUGGGCCACUUUGUAGCAGAAUUUAAGAGGAAAUGGCAGAAGGACAUCAGUGCAAAUCCUAGGGCGCUGGGGCGGUUAAGAGCCGCUUGUGAGAGGGCAAAGAGAGUCCUGUCUUCAAAUACUGAAACACCCAUUGAAAUUGAGAGCCUCUUUGAGGGGAUUGAUUUCUAUUCAAGCAUCUCACGUGCGCGAUUUGAGAAACUGAAUUUAGAUCUAUUCACGGAUUGUAUGGAGCCAGUUGUGAAGUGUCUUAAGGAUGCCAACAUGGAGAAGGGUGACAUCCAUGAUGUUGUGCUCGUGGGUGGGUCCACUCGGAUCCCAAAGAUUCAGGAGAUGUUACAAGAUCUCUUCCAUGGAAAGAAGCUCUGCAAGGGUAUAAACCCUGAUGAGGCUGUUGCCUAUGGAGCAGCUUUUCACGCUGCAUCCUUGAGUAGUGCCUCUUUGGGUGUGAAUAAGGAUGUUGUGCUGGUAGAUGUUGCUCCUUUAUCUCUUGGUAUAUUCACUCAUGGUGAUGUAAUGUCUGUUGUGAUUCCAAGGAAUACCAUCAUCCCUAUAAAGAAAUUGAAAAGUGGCUACAAAAAUGCUCAUGACUUCCAAACUGGCUGUGACUUCAAGGUGUAUGAGGGUGAGAUGGCAAUUGCAACAGAGAACAACUUUCUGGGCAGAUUUUCACUUCAAAACAUCCCUCCAGCACCCAUAGGUGUCGCUAAGUAUGAUGUCUAUUUCGAAAUUGAUACCGAUGGUAUCUUGACUGUGUCUGCAGAACUCAUGGGCAGUAACAACAAGAAACAAAUCACUAUUUCCAAUCACAGGGGUAGGUUGUCGAAGGAGGAGAUUGAUCGGAUGGUAAAGGAGGCUGAAGAUUUUAAGGUUCAGGAUGAGGAGCGUAAGAAGGCAUCUGAGGCUAAAAAUGCUUUGGAGAAGUACAUUCGUUACAUAAGCCGCACAUUGAGAGGUUGUGGAAAUAGGUUUGGGAUGAAUGCCAGGAUUUUGAGAGAUGCAGUUGAGAAGACAAAUGGGUGGUUAGAGUGGAAUUACCUGCUCGGCGAUGCUCGCAAGUUUGAGGAGAAAAAGAAAGAGCUGGAGAUCUUAUGUGACCCUGUUAUCACAAAGAUGCAACAUGAGCAGGGAAGUAAACCAUGUAUCAAACCUGAGAUAAUUGAGAUAGAGGACUAGUAGAUGCUGAUGAAUCUGGAAACUUAGUUUUAUUAGGGAGUUUCUGAAACGUUCUAACCCUUUAGGAUGGCAGAUUGCUUAUGCACUUUUAAUUGUUUAUAAUUUGGUUAGCAGUGAUUGUAGUCUCGUAUUGCUCUGAUGCAGUAAACGUCAAGUGUUUAACUGGCUCUGAUCUUUUGUUCCAGGCUUCCAG